AUGGCAAACCUUGCUGCCCAUAAACCUACGACAGCCCAAGGUGAUGUUGCUGCUACUGUCCCACACCCCACAUCUAACUCGAGCUCAAAAGAGCCCCUAGUCGUACCAGUGCCUGAGACUCGCGAGGGCCGAACCUUGGUUCUAUGCUUUGAUGGGACGGGCGCGCAGUUUGAUGAGGAUAUAUCCCAGAACUCGAAUAUUGUUCGACUGUUCCAAAUGUUGCACAAGGGCGAACCACUGAAGCAGAAGAUUUACUACCAAGCUGGUAUCGGUACUGGAAUAACAACCAGCGGCUCAGCCAACAAGUACGUCAAUGAGUUCUAUGGCCUUGUAGAUGCAGCCUUCGCAAAUGGACUUCCGAUCCAUGUCGGUCUUCUUCCGUCACAUAACUACGAACAAAUUAAGUUCGCCUAUCGGCAUUUCAAACAAGACGACGUAAAAGGAAGAAAGCAAUCUGAAGAGUUCAUGAAGGCAUUCUCAAUUAAAGUGAAGGUUGAUUUUGUGGGCGUUUUUGACACGGUCGGAAGCGUUGGUUUUGUCCAUCGCGAGCUUCCGUUUACCAGGUCUAACUCCUUGAUCCGUGUAUUCCGGCACGCGUUGGCGCUUGACGAGCGCCGAGCAAACUUUGAUGCGAAUCUCUGGAGUCGUUCCGCGAAAUCAAGGGGAAAGCACUAUGGGUGGAUAGCCUGGAUGAAGAGCCUUGUAUGGAGAGACAACAAUGCGAAUCAUGGCCAGGCUGAGGAGUGUGAUGGUCCGGAUAAGGACGAUCAGUGGUACGGCCAUGAUUUCGGAAGGCCUGUCAACACCAAUAUAAAGGGUAUACGGUACCUUAUCCCUUGCCCUUCAACUCUCUUUGACUAUGUUUAUCUUAUAGAGGUCUGGUUCGCCGGUGCGCACGGCGACGUUGGCGGGGGUGCAGUUCUAAACAGAACGCCCAACGACCUAGCGCGUAUCCCCCUGCGAUGGAUGGUUCUCGAGUGCUUCCGUAACGACACCGGCAUCCUCUUCAAAAGUGCCGAACUCAAAAAGAUCGGACUGAACCCAGCCACUCUCAUCAAUUUCCCCGCCGUACCAGAACCUAAGUUGAUCGGGUUGAACGAGGACGGCUCCCCACAUUAUGGAGGAGGUGACGCAUGCAAAUCAGCAGAUGUCCUUUCAAGGAUAACCGAGGACAAAAAGGAUGCAAUUCAGCCGACUCAUGAUCGGCUGGACAUAAGUUGGCAGAACCGCAAUAUAAUGUGGUGGAUAUUGGAGCUACUUCCAAUCAAGCAGUGGUAUCAAAAUAACGAUGGUAAUUGGGAGUCUCGGUGGAGAUGGAUGAAUCUUGGGAGACCUCGAACAAUUUAUCGUCAAGAAUUUUCCAAGCCGCAUGUCCAUUGGUCGGUAGAGUAUAGGAAGAGGCAACCGGAGAAAAAGUACAAACCUCUUGCAGGGCUGUUGGAUCGGCCUGGACCUGAGUGGGUUGAUUAG